AUGGUAUCUAUCUAUCUCUCUCUGUUGGAGGAGUGUAUUGGAGGAACGGAUCUUCUCUCAGAUCUUGGUGGCAUUAUAGGAAAGGAUGGAAAACUUCAAGUUCGGAAAGCGGGGAGAGAGCAAGGGUCAAGGCACUCAAUGCACGUCCUUCUGGAUCUCAUGGACGCUUGUCAACACGAAGACAAGUGGUCAAUUUUUUACAAAGCCUUAGAGAAUAAUGAUUUUAAGCACGUGAUCACUGCAUUAAAAGAUGAAAAUAUUCCGGAAAGUGUUCGAAAGCCAUACUGCGAAAUUUUACUUAAACCGGAAAAUGUUUCAUAUUUCCAAGUUUUACUCAGUCAAGAGAAACAGAAGAUGUUGAUUGACGGAAAAUUGAUUUCACGUGAAGACAGUGAUAACAUCAAAUUUGAAAGGGAUAUGACUGGAAGUGACGCAGCAGCCAUUUUGGUUCUCCUUGAUAGGUUAUGGAGAAAGAAUGUCUCGUGGAUAAAUGAAUUGUCUAAUAUUUUCCAGGAUCUUAGACUGGAAGAUCUGUCUAAGAAACUUCUUGUGUAUAUCAAAGAUGAAACAGAACCCAAAGAACUCCAAGUCUCAAAACCAAAUCAGUGGGUAUCAAAAUCAAAAGAAGUUCGCGGAGAGGAAGUUGAGGAUCAUAACGUAACGGGAAAUCAAGAGGAGACAAACCCUAAGGCAAUUUUAAACACCGACAUUUCCAAACAAGGCGAGUCACAUACAACCAAAGACGGAGGGGUGGCAGGAGGGUUAGGAACUGAACAAUUGUAUUUGGCAGAGACUGCCAGAUUAAAUUUGCCUAGCCUAGAGACGACCCUGGAGGAGUCCCCAGAACUUUUAUCAAAAAGUGCUGACAGAGUAAAGCUGGCGAUGGAUGAGGAAAUUAACAGCAAACGGAAAGCGGAGUUUAGGGCUGGAGGAACAUCUAACGUAAACGAAAGUAUGACAGCUGAUCAAGUACAAGAUAUCUUAAACUAUCUGGAUGCCACAGUAGAGCGCUCAGAACUCAGAAACACCUCAGCACUUUACCAUGAUGAUUUAUCAGAAAAAGAUGAAGAUUCGGAAAAGUCAAAAAAAGAGAAAGAUAUGGAGGAAGCUACGGAGAAAGAAGUCUAUCCGACACUAACAUUGAGGGAAUAUCAGCUAGAACUGGCAGAAUUGGCAGUAGAGGGUGUUAAUACAAUUGUCUGUGCUGAGACAGGGACUGGUAAAACAUAUGUCGCUCUGUACAUAACUGAGGAACAUCUUUCCAGCAAAACUGAUGCAUGCGUUGUUUUCUUGGCUAGAACCAAUGCCCUGGUGGAGCAGCAGUACGAAAUAUUUGAAAAGUAUCUGUAUAAAUAUAAAGUUUAUCAUCUAAAAACUGACAAAACAGCUGCACUGGGUAGGAAAUUGGAGAUUGCCAAGAAAAAGAACCAGGUAAUUUUUAUGACGCCACAGAUUCUUUUAAACAACAUCAACAGCCAACAGAUCUCUCUCCAAGAAAUCUCUCUGCUGAUCCUAGACGAGUGUCACCACACAAGGAAGAGGGAGCCAUAUAAUAAUGUUCUGAAGCAGUAUUUAACGCUCAAACGAGAGGAAAAACACGGGUUGCCACAGGUUUUGGGACUGACUGCUACUAUUGGGAUUGGUAAAUCCAGCACAGAAGAGGGGGCAGUGACUCAUAUACUUAGCGUGUGUGCAAGUCUGGAUGUGUUCGAAAUUUCAAAGGUCAGAAAGAAAAUAAAGGAGUUGGAGAGUCACGUGGCCGUUCCAAAGCGAGAGACUUUAAAACUAAUGGAAAAAGAAAAAGACAUGCCAAAACAAAUCAUUCUGGAUAAAAUUGAGUCAAUUGAGCAGUAUGUAGGCAAGACAGAAGUGGUCAAUCAGCCCAAACUGAAGAAACAAUGGGGCAGAAAACCAAAUAAAAAAGAUGGUAAACAGUAUCAGAAAUGGACCAUCCACUUCAGAAACAGAGUGAUAUGUAAACUGAAGAGUGAUCCAAAGCUCCUCAGAAAACUACACGUAGCCCUUACUCAUCUGUCGGCUUACAAUGAAGCUUUGGGUGUUAACUAUUUGAUGAACAGCACUCAUGUUGCUGACUAUUUGAAGCGGAAAUUUGAAGAUGACAAGAAUCAGCACCAAGUUUCGUUAAUGGAACAUCAUUUUCCGAACGAAGAUGAUAUAGAAACACAGUUUUUACGAUAUAAUGAAGAAGUGUGUCAGGAGCUCCUGGAACUGAGUGAAAUAAUCAACCCUCAUCUAAAAAUGUUAAGGAACCACUUGGUUGACCUUAAAUCUGACCUUGGUGAGAGUGUUAGGGGAAUGAUCUUUGUAGAGACUAGAGCAACAGCUUUUGCACUAGCGCAGUACAUAUCAGAUGAGCUGGGAAUGAUGGGAUACAAAGCGGCGCCAUUUACUGGCAGUAAAUCUAGUGACAACAGCGAGGGUAUGCAGGAAGAAGAAAAAGCAAACACCUUAAAGAAAUACAGAGAAGGGGAGAUAAAUUUAUUAGUGACGACCUCUGUUGGAAGUGAAGGAAUUGAUGUCCCGGACUGUAACUUCAUCAUAACAUACAACUACACUGGGAACGAGGCAGAUAUAAUGCAAAUGAGUGGCCGUGCUCGAAAACAGGGUUCCACGGUAACACACAUAUCUGAUCAGACGAUACAGCGCCGUGAGGAAACAAGUCUACAGAAAGCCCUUUUGAUGGCACGUGCUUUUGACCGUCUGGAAAAUAUGAAAAGAGAGGAUCGAGAAAGAAAGAUUCGAGAACAACAGCUGAAAAUCAAGAGUGCAGAGAUUGGGUCUUUCUUUUUAGAGAGCUCAGUCGAAAAAUCAAAUAAUUCCUUCGCCAUGAUUUGUUGGAAAUGUCAAGGGUUUGCUGUGAUGAGCCAUGACAUCAGAAUCUUCACAGGGCAGCAUAGGGUUGUAUUAGACCAAAACUUUGAAGAUCGCUGUAUCUUUGAAGAAACAGAAGAGAUAUCCAGAUUCAAAAAGAGAAUCAUUCGGUGUCGAGAAUGCAAAACAAAAUGGGGUACAACAUUUGGAGUUGAUGGAUUUGAAGUACCCGUUUUGAAAGUGAAGGCUUUUUUGUUUGUACCGGGCUAUACCGAUGGCAAUUUGUCCGACUGGAAGGAACGAAGAAGAUUCAAGAAGUGGGGGAAAAUUGAAUUUAAUAUUGAGAAAAUGGACAAGUCACAGCUGAUUGAAGUUUUCACCAAGAUAAAGAAGACAGUAUCAACCCCACCUGCAACUUAGAUCAAAACAAUGAUUAUUGGAAGUGAUCAAUGAGUGACUUCUCAUUGUGGACAGUAUUUUUUUCCAAACUUCUAAAACUCUGAUAAGCCUAGAACGUAUUACAUUAGAUUGACAUCGUUAUUCCAUAGGCCUAUAUGACAAAAACACUUUACAGUUUAAUAUCUUAUAUACAUAGUUGUGAUUUAUUUUCAGAUUAAGAAUGUAAGAACGUGUACUAGAUCCAAUGCCUUGACAACUUACUAAGUCAGUGAAAAAGAACGCAAUUUUUAUUAAAGCAAUUUUUAUUAAAGGUUUUUCCGCAGCUAAGAUGACAGCAGUGUUGCA